CCGGUGGAAUCAAAGAUGUCGGUUGUUCAUGACGGAGUUGUGUAAAAAGACGAUCUAGCACAAUGGAGUAUAUCAAUUGAAAGAGAAGAAAAAACUCAAGUUAUGAUUGGGUUCUGAAGAUCUAACUAAAAAAAACAUGGCUGGAGUUAACGUAGGGAUGGAAUCAAUGAGUAACAGGGUGUAUCCAUCCCACUCAUCAUCUCCGGAUACAAAUACAUGGACUCAGAACACAGGUGGGGGACACAUGUCCAAGCCACACAGCUCUGAAAGCUAUGCCAAGGUCCAAAAUAGCCUUACUAUGGAAGAGGUUCGGUGGUCAGAAAUGAGGAAAAAGAUUCCUGGAAUGGGCCGCGUACCUCGGACAAAGUUCUACACUGAAGAAGAUGGCUUUGAAAGGGCUAGACAAGAAAACAAUUUCUUCAUAAGGACGCACUUCAAACAAAAGGAAUGUUUUAGAUUUGUACCAGCGAAGAAAGGCCAACUUCCAGAGGUCAAAAAAGUUGGAGAUAUGAGAUGUGAAUGUGGAGAGGUACUACUCCAGCAUCAUGGCAUGCAGGGUCCCACACAAAACUCCCAUGCUGACCGUGAAAUGGUUGAGAGCUACUUGGUACCUGAUGAACUUAAGCCCUACAUCAGCAUCGAUAAAAAAAACAAUGAUAUACCGAAUAUGAAAGAUCUUCCGUCUGUCAGCUGGAAUGCAGAUACUGCUAUACGAUCUAGUGCAACAACCUCAUUUGGGAAAAUCAGUUUCGUCAAUGUAGACGCCAUGGGAGGACAAAAGCCUGCCAAGUAUGUUAGGUUGGCACCUGAAGACUCAAUAGACCACCUGAUUGAACUGAUGGAAGUCCACUGGAAGAUUAAUCAGCCAAAACUUCCCAAUUUGGUUAUAUCUGUAGUUGGCGGGGCGAAAAACUGUAAAUUGGAUGGUCACAUUCGAGAGAAGUUUUCUACUGGAUUAAUCAAAGCAGCCAAGACAACCGAUGCUUGGCUGAUCACAUCAGGAUUUAACAUGGGCGUAAUGAAGUAUGUCGGGAUGGCUGUCAAAGAUGGCCAGUCGUUUACAUGGAAUAACGACAGAAUGGCACAUGUCCUCCGCUGUAUUGGCAUUGCACCCUGGGGCUAUGUCAAUCAUCGUAAGGUGCUGGAGAGUGACAGUCAGGGUCUCUAUAAUGCCGAAUAUAAGACCAGCAACAUCAUCCUUCAUGGACAGCCAGUCCCUCUUAAUGCCAACCAUACCCACUUCAUUUUUGUGGAUGAUGGCUUUCGCAACAGAUACGGAGGCGUUGCCGCAUUCCGUGCCAAGUUUGAAAACAGAGUACAGCAACCUCGCGAAGAGGGAGGUCUGGGCAUACCUGUCGUGUUGGUUGUGGUAGAAGGUGGGACAGAUGCUAUCGAUGAUGCCAAAAAUUCACUCCAACAGAACAUUCCAGUGGUUGUGUGUGCAGGGACUGGCCGAGCUGCUGACAUCCUCAGCUACGCUUACCAACAUUAUACAGGAAAAUUGACAAAAGAGAACAAAUUACGAAGAAAAAUUCAGGAAGCUUAUGGAUCAAAAUGGAAAGAGGAGGAAAAGGAUGAGAAAACUGAACCAAUCUUGGAAAAAAUAAAAUUAUGUCUUAAGAAGAAAGAUCUGAUGGUCAAUUUUAGCAUGAAUAAGAAUGAGGAUCUGGAUCUAGCAAUCUUAUCCUGCUUGUUAAAAGCCAAAUCAGGAGAAGCGACCGAGAAGGAGCGCCUGAACCAGCUACGUCUUGCCCUGACCUGGGACCGAGUGGACAUAGCACAGGAGGAUAUAUUUCGCGAGGAUUGUAUUUGGACACCAGGUAGUCUCGAUAAUAUCCUGAUGGACGCCAUCUUGAUGGAGCGUGUGGAAUUUGUUCACCUCAUUCUCCAGCAAGGAGUGGUGAUGAAAGAAUUCCUCAACAAGGGCCGGCUGGCUCUACUAUACGAAAAGGCUUUGUCAACAAAGAAAGCUGAUGUUGUACACUUGGGGAGGAUUGCAGUGAGGCAUGGCUUACAGAGGAGCACAGAGGAUUUCAGCAUGAAAAGUCUCAAGAUUUUGAUGGAGAAACUCAUGGACAAAUACACGGACAACUUCCAGGACCCGCCACCUAACAAAAGUCAAAUAGACGAUAACAUGCUGUGUGUAUACCCAUAUAAGGAAAUCCUGAUCUGGUCCGUCCUCCUUCUCAAACAGAAGAUGGCCAAGUUUGCCUGGGAAAUGGGUGGAGAACCAGUAACAUCAGCCAUAGCUGUUUCUCGUAUGUAUGGCAGUAUGGCUACCUACAUCAACCGUAAUGAGCAGGCCCUGAAGGACAGGAUUCUGGAGUACAAAGACGAGUUUGAGCUACUGGCCGUGGAGGUUUUAGAUGAGUGCCAUGUGAAGGACCAUGAAAAAGCCAUGAUGUUGGUGGAGCGCUGUUCUCCAACCUGGAGUGAUAUGAGCAGUUUGGCCAUGGCUGCAUCAGCCUAUGAUCGGGCAUACUUGGCAUCUGUGGCUUGUCAGAACUCCAUUAGUAUCACAUGGAAGCGAGGCAUUGUAUCACCUUGGCAACGGGUGCUAGUGUGUUUGUUUAUGCCAUUUGCGCUGAUGUCACCCCGUUAUAUGGAGAUGAGUUUCAUGGGAGAACAGGGCUUCAACAUUAAACAGAAGAUCACAACAUUUUACACUGCACCUAUUACAAAGUUUGCCAAUCACACGCUGAUGUACAUGGUGUUCCUGCUACUGUUCACCUAUAUGUUACUGGUGGACUUUGACGCUCACCGGGUCACUCCCAUAGAGUGUAUCUGUAUAGCCUGGAUCUUCACGUUCAUGGUCGACGACAUCUACACCUUGUUGACCUUUCCGUCGCCGACAUUUUACGGGAAGUUACGUGACUGGUAUGGAUUCCUGAAGUGGCUCGACCUGAUCAACUUUAUCCUGGCUUUUAUUGCCUUCUUUAUCCACUUCUGGGAGGACUGGUUUGAGGUGACAAAGAUAAUGUACUGUAUCAACGGCGUCAUCUUGUACAUCAGAAUCCUCAAGACAUACACUGCCAACGCAAACCUGGGUCCAAAGAUGGUGAUGAUUCAACGAAUGAUGGCAGAACUGAAAAUGUUUGUGAUGGUACUGUUGGUGUUUCUGCUGGCCUACGGAAUUUCCAGCCAGGCUCUACUUUACAAACAGCGACGUCCGAGCUGGAACAUCCUCAAGGAUGUGUUUUACUUCCCUUACUGGCAGCUGUUCGGAGAAAUCUUCCUGGAUGACCUCAACACGGAUUCAGACUGUAUGGAGGCUGCUCUUAGAAUAAAUGAUACAGCACUAGCCGCUAAAGAACAACUGUACUGUCUACAGAACCAUUGGCUUGUCUACUUCCUCCUGGCCGCAUACCUCAUGGUGGGAAAUGUCCUCCUCCUCAACCUCCUCAUAGCCAUCUUCAGUCACGUUUUCGACACAAUUGAGGAGAACUCGAUCGAGAUUUGGAAGUACCAGAUGUACUUUCUGACAAUGGAGUUUGAUAACAAGACAGCCUUUGUGCCACCAUUCAGCAUCUUUGCCCAUGUCUACCUAAUAUUCAAGUGGAUAUUCAGGCGAACCUGUUGCCGUAAGGGCACCAAAGGAGUGCAAUUCUCUAAAAGACACCUAGAGUAUCUUCAGUUAUUUGAGAAAGAGGAGAUGACAAACCUGCUACGUACGAAGAAGGCCAAAGAUAAGGAGACCAUUGAAACCAAGAUUAACCUUCUCCAGAAGAGGAAUGAGGAGUUGUUCAAGGUACUAGAGGAGGAUUUCUUCCCUGAGCUGGGAGGAGUCGAAGAUCACCAUAGACAUUUUCUGGAAACAACGGUCUGCCCCCUACCAGAAACCCAACAAAAGGAAACAUUGUUAGUGAAAGAGGAUACUAAAGAAACUAUUGUCCUAGCAGAGCCGGAAGAAGACGAGGAAGCCAAAAAGAAAAAGAAGAAAAAGUUGAAGAAGGAAAAGAAAGAAAAGAAAAAGAGGGAAAAAGAAGAACGACUUAAGUUGAAUAAUUUUGACAAUCCUGUCUUUAAACAAGAUAUUGUACCUGACAAAACGUUACAGUUUUCACCACAUCCGGAGAUUGUCACUCCACCUGAAGUGUCUCCCCUUCGGACAAACUCACUGACAGAAACUUUACAGCGACCUGGGCUGUACCGCCGGAUCUCUAGUAGGUCAUAUGGUAGGGAUAUAGAUUUAGAUUCUUCUGAUGAAGAAUUUAUGCACAGGAGUGGCCAUUUUGGUAAGGGAAUGCGGAAGGCCUUGAAUGUGCCGUCAUCAGGUGGGCACCUGUCCCUGAGGAGAAGUUUAUCAAGAGAAACAUCAGAUUCUGAGGAGAACAAUAUGAGAGCAGUAUCUCCUCGUCUGUUUACACGCAUGGCUAGAGAAAGUAGUACUGAGGACGAGAGGAAGAAAAACAAAAAGAAGAGGAAGAAAUUACGGAAGAAUAUGAUCUCAGACACUGAUUAAUUCUUGUAUGUUUGGAAGUAAUUGCCGUCCUAAACAUGUGAUUAUAUAUACUCCUGACAAGAAACUGUGAUAGACUCAUACCAUACAUGUAUCUUUUACAUAUGUCAAUGCUGUUAUAUAAUUUUUGUCAUUCAUACUUAUAUCAUAUAAAAUGCCUUUAUGUUGUACAGUUUAUCCAUGUUACACUUUGUGCAUUCCAUAAUUUCAAGUGCUGUUAUAUACUAAAUAUGUUGAUGUGAAAUUGUAUCAUAUGAAUUUUAUAUAUUUAUGUGGUAUUAUAAUGAUGAUACUGAUUAAUUGUAAGGACUUAUCAUAACUGUUUUAGUAGACAUUAAUAUAGUUGUAUUGUAAUCAGUGAAUAUUUUUCUGUCCGCUACCUACAAGUAAUACAUAUCUCGCAUGAAUUAUUGUACAAUGAUGGUAAGACUUAUGUUCAGAACAUGCUGGCCAUGUUUAUUUAUAUUUACAUAUUUAUUAACAAUCCACAUUAAGGUUUAUCUGCUGUUUUGUCUGCUCAGGCUUCAAAAUCAUUCCAUCUUUGUCCAGCUGAGAUUGGUCUUUCAAUCACUACCAGUAAUUCCAUUUGAUAUUGUGUUGUGUUUGAGAUAAAUAUAAAAACAAUCAUUACUAACUCAUUGAUUUGACAUUGAGUAGACUAUUGUAUGACAUUUUUAGUAAACUAGGUUUGAAAAAAAAAGUUAAUAUUUUUUAUACGCCUAUUUUAACAAUAUUUUUUUUUCAAAUGACAAAUACCGAUUUGGGAAACUGACCUGAUUUAGUUAGUGUUGUGACCUAUCCCUUAUGAUAUAUACAUAUACACCGUAGAUAAUACCAACACAUUCUGCAUUUUACAAUAUUUUAUUGAACAUUUUAUGAAGCUUUGAUUUGAUGUACAGAAAGGAUAUAUAAGUUGCAUUUCAAUCAUGUACUUUGUGAUAUUUACGACCCUGUAUAACAUUUUGUACAUUAUGUUGAUAGGGAGUAGAUGGCUAGGACAGACUCCACAAGAAUUCUGACAUUUUAUGACAUCUGUUGUUGCAUCCUUGCAUUUAAUAAGCUAUGGUGAUUUUAUAUUGUUUUAUUUCUAUAAAUGUGAUAAAUUUUAAAUACCUCAUUUCCAUGCUCUAUUUUCUAUUGAUUUGCAAAUUAUACAGCGAUGUUUUAAUCUUAUCAAAACCAUAAUCUAUUAUGUACUAUAUUUUUAUAUAUAAUUUUUAUAACAAACAAUGGCAAGAAAAACUUGGUCAUUUUUUAUUGAAUGGGAUAUUAAGUUGUUUCUGUAGAAUUUACAUUGUGUAAAUUUUAGGAUAUAAAAAUGUAUUUAUCUUUUUAAUGAGAUUUGAUCUGGUUGUCAGAUUCUGGGGUCUUUAACAACUUUUUAGAUUUAAGUCUAAAUCUAAAUAGGUUUUUGCAUUUCACUAUCAAAUCUUGAAUCAGGUUUGAAUUUUGGACACGCUUUCUAAAUUAAGAAGCAGCAUUUUGAAAAAUAUAUGUUUAAUAAAAAAUAAUUUACAAUUUCAUCUUUUAAAACUGUUUUAUGAUUCAGGGAACUAGUGUAGGUGUCACAUAAUGACUAUUAACUUGUGACUGUUCCAUGAAACCAAUGGAAUAUCUCGUACCUGACUUUGGGUACAGUAAAGCAUUUGUAAAUAUGAAAUUCUGCAUAUAAAUGAUGUAUGAAUAGUCGAAUUGCAAAAAUAAAUAAAAAAAUAAAUACAUAAAUCAAACAGAAAGUAGAAAAUACUAGUUACAGUUCAUAUCGAUUUUACACCGGUGUGUUUUGCUGCUGAAUAACAAAAUUAUUCAGAUGUGCUAUUUUUUACAGAGAUGUAUCUAAGUUUUUAUUUUGAAUGUUAUGAAAUCAUCCUACAUAUCUAAGACUAUUACUCUCCAUUACUGUCUACCUGGUGUAGGUUUUACCCUGAUAAUGUUGAUUUACAUGUAUUUAACAUUGAUGUAACGCUAUUGUAAGUCUCCGUCCAUUUAUAGGAGUAUGUAAUUGCACUUGUACGAGGGAUUUAUCUUUAUCUAGUCAAACUCGACUUUGGUUGCAAUUUGUCUUUUCACCCUGAAAUCCGUCCUCAAACUCGACUUUGGUUGCAAUUUGUCUUUUCACCCUGAAAUCCGUCCUCAAGCUGGUAAAUUAUAUCUUACUAUAUCUCUCCUUUGAUAAAUUCUGAAUUUUUCGCUGUUUUUUUUUUUUUACUUUGGAGAUUUGAUGAGAGUGAUGUUAUUGUGUUAAAGAAACAAUUUGUUUGUGUGAUGCUACAACUGACUAAAUGUGUUGAUAAGGCUAGACUAUGGUGAAAGGAUAAGAAUUAAAUGGCAUGCAUGGUUUAUCAAAUUUGACCAUUACUCUGUAAAUUUAAUAUUCAAACAUUCCACUUGUUAGAUUUUUCACUAACUAUGAAUUUACUAUUAAAAUAACGACUGAAUUUAAUAAUUUGGCUUCAUUAUAUAGACAUUUUGUUUAUAAUUCUCAUCAUAUUAUAAAGUUACAAUAUUUUUAACACUAAUAAUUGAAAAUGAUAAUUUCUCAACUUGAGUUAUUAUAAAAUUGAUAUAACAGUACCUUCCAAUCUUGCUCAGUAGAUAAUAGACUGAUUUUUGGUUCUAUGAUAGAUGUUUAUUAGUGGCCUUCAGUGGUACGCAAACUGCGUCAUGGAUCAUAUGUACAUCUUACACUUACUGAUGAACUUUCUGUCUGUUGUAGUAUAGUUAACUAAAUCAUAAACAACAAUGUAAUAAUUAUGUUUGUUCAUGGAGUCAUGAACCAUAUGUUGUGAUGCAUUCAUGGUGUGAGUUUAAUAGUCAUAAACCUUUAAGAUAACAUAGUUAUGAUGUUUCAUAGAAAUGUGUUCACUAGAGCAACUUCCAGCAAAGUUAAAAAAUGUAUCUAAUAUUGUGAUGGAGAUUGAAAAGAUAUGUUUUCAUGUUUUACUUUGUGGAACAUUAACACCACACCGAUACAACCUACGUCAGGGUAAUAUAAACGUUUGUUAUCGUGUCCCUUAAUUAGUGAAUUAAUUACAUAAUUAGACAGACUACAUAUUGAUAAAACAUAAAGUACAAACAGUUUUUGUUUCAAUAUGGUUAUAAUUCAAGCACCAAACAUAUUCAGAAGCACAAAAACACAAUAUGGUAUAAAAAAAAUUGUAAUUUCUGUUUUAGACAAACAGGUGAUGCUUGUCUGCAUCAUUUUCACCUAGACUGCCAGUAGACAUUCAGUUGAUCUAGAUUGAUAAACAGAUUAUGAACAGAGGACAAACAGACUGCCCACCGACGAACAAGGACUAACGGACUGUCCACUGACAAAAGAGGCCAUACAAACUUCCAACAGACAAAAGUGGACAUACACACUUCCAACAGACAAAAGAGGCCAUACAGACUGCCAACAGACAAAAGAGGCCAUACACACUUCCAACAGACAAAAGUGGACAUACACACUUCCAACAGACAAAAGUGGACAUACACACUUCCAACAGACAAAAGUGGACAUACACACUUCCAACAGACAAAAGAGGCCAUACACACUUCCAACAGACAAAAGUGGACAUACACACUUCCAACAGACAAAAGUGGACAUACACACUUCCAACAGACAAAAGAGGACAUACACACUUCCAACUGACAAAAGAGGACGUACACACUUCCAACAGACAGAAGUGGACGUACACACUUCCAACAGACAGAAGUGGUCAUACACACUUCCAACAGACAAAAGUGGACAUACACACUUCCAACAGACAAAACUGGACAUACACACUUCCAACAGACAAAAGAGGACACAUCUCUGCCUUCCGACAAUUGAGGCCUAUCAGAUGGCUCACUGAUAAAUGCCAAUAUAUACAGACAGCCCUCUGACAAAUUAGGAUAUACAGUAUACCAGAUUUAGUAAGGAGCUGAAUCCACUGGCUGUGCAGUUUAGAAUGAACAGAUGUAGCUAGUGUACGGUACCUGUGAUGGCAUAGAUAGUUAAGUGAACACACAUUUUCGUUGAUUAUUAGAUUGUAUAGAUGGCAUGAGCCAUAUGUAGUUGAGAUUAAUAUGUAAAUUUGGUAAAUCUGAAUUUUAUUUCAAGCUGUCCCAAUGAAACAAAAUUGUACUUAAUGCUAUAUGUGUCUUUACAGUUUAUGUAUGUACGAUGCAUAUAUGAAUACAAACAUCGAUAUAUGUGAUCACUUAUUAUUUUUUAUGUAUGUAACAAAACGUAAAUGAUGAUUUGUAAUAUAAGAAUGUGAUAUGGAUUAUUGAUAAUUUGUUUUCUACUUUGUUUUUUCUAGACUCUGUUUUUGUUUUAACAUUAAUUUAAAUGACAUAGAAUAAAAUAGAUGAAUAUUAAGCUAA